GGCGCUUUUCAAAGCUGGUGAUUGAACAGUAACGGGCCGGUUGCAAAAAAAAGGCCCAAAUAAACAUAAUGGUCAAUAAUAAUAAAACGCACGCACCAUAAAAGGUGUGUCAGUAACGAAAGCUUUCUCCGUCUUCUUCCUCGAGCUUCGUCGUCGUCGUCAUCUAGGGUUUUUCUGUUUCUGAGAUUCUUCAAGAAAAUCGUUAUGAGGCCGGUGUUCGUCGGGAACUUCGAGUACGAGACUCGCCAAUCGGAGCUGGAGCGGUUGUUCAGCAAAUACGGAAGAGUCGAGCGAGUUGACAUGAAGUCUGGUUAUGCUUUUGUGUAUUUCGAAGAUGAGCGUGAUGCUGAGGAUGCAAUCCGUGGGCUUGACAAUAUCCCUUUUGGCUAUGAGAAACGCAAGCUCUCUGUCGAAUGGGCUAAGGGUGAACGUGGGAAGCCUCGUGAUGGAAGGGGAGCCUCGAAUCAGAGGCCUACAAAGACACUCUUUGUCAUCAACUUUGACCCUAUCCGCACAAAAGAGCGUGACAUUGAGAGGCUUUUUGAACCGUAUGGUAAAGUUCUCAAUGUCCGCAUAAGGCGCAAUUUUGCAUUCGUUCAGUUUGCAACCCAGGAAGAUGCAACCAAGGCCCUUGAAUCUACACAAAACAGCAAAUUAAUGGACCGGGUUGUUUCUAUUGAGUAUGCUUUGAGGGAUGAUGAUGAAAGAGAUGAUAGAUAUGCUCCUAGUCCGAGAAGGAGAUCUCCUAGUCCAGUUUACCGGAGGCGUCCCAGUCCUGAUUAUGGCCGUCCUCGCAGUCCUGAAUACGACAGGUACAAGGGUCCAGCUCCUUAUGAAAGACGUAGAAGUCCAGAUUAUGGGCGUCGUAGUCCAGAAUAUGGUAGAGCUAGGAGCCCAGGUUAUGACAGAUACAGAAGCCGGUCUCCUGUUCAGAGUGGAAGAGGUUGAAGAUGUUUUUCCUCAAUGUGGCUCAGAGUGGUUGGAGGUUCUCUAUGUUAGUCUGAAAUUAGAACGUGUUUUCACCAGUUGCUACCCCUUGAAUAUGGUAGUGUGCUUGUAGUAGCUUAUAACGUUUUGAAAUGAUUUCAAGGUUUGGAUUCUCUCUAUAAAAUCAAUCAGUUUUCAGGUCCAAAAGUACUUUUUAUAUUAAAAAACAUUUAUAAGUUUAGGAGAAAGAAAGAUAAUACACAAGAAAAGGUUCUUCAACUUCAAGGCAGAGAAGAGUGGUUGUGAUUGCAGAGUUCUUGGCUGAUUGCUUUCUCCAGCCAAGUCUCUGCAUCUUCCAUCAUCUCAGGGCUUAACCGGACCAUGAGAACGCAGAACUCGGUUUGGUUAAGAGCUCCAUCACCGUCAAUGUCUCCUUCUCUAAUCAUUCCUUCUGCAUCUUCCUUGCUCAUUCCUUCAAUCCCAAGUACCCCUGAGUUUCUCCUUAGACUCUCAGCUGUGAUCACAUCUCUCUCUGGGUCAGCUAGCAAACUGAAACCUUUGCAUAACUCUUCUACAAACUCUUCUACGUCCAUUUUCUCCGCCAUGAUUGGUAACAUAUCUUCGUACUUUGUCUCCAUCUUCGUAGCAUUGGUUGUUGUUUCUAGUACACAAGCUUUCUUGCUUGGUGGUUCCAUUAGAGGAGGAAGAUGAUGAUCAGUGAAAGAGAGAGAGAGAGAGAGAGAGAGGGGAUUUUGUGAACUGUUUUGAUUGGAUUAGUCCCAAUGGGAUUUAGAUAUAUAAGUGAGUGGCGUAUCUCUACCGAUAUGGUUGUCACGUUCGAACCUUAAUCGUGUGGUCUAUAAACUCUCUUCUUGAAACCGUCCCUGUUUGAUUCUGAGAGUUGAAGCAAUGAACGGAUGUGAUUCAACUCACGAUGAUUCGUUUUAGGUGUGGACGGAA